AUGGGAAGACAGCCCUCUAGGGCUGGGCUUCAGGGUCAGGGGAGCUCUGUUGGCCAGGCUCGGAACUGGACCUGGAGUGGCAGCCGCACUCCCCACCUGAGGACCCCAGGAUCAUGUCCGAGGCCCCCUGGCGGGAGUGAGGGAGGGCCUGAUCCUGAGAGGCCCAUGGGGCCUCCCAAGCCCGCGCUCUGGGCGCUCCUGCUGGUGCUUUUGGGGGCCGCUCUGGGCCGGGCCGGGAUCGGCGCCUGCAGCGUCCCUGACGUGCUUCACCACUACCGCGCGGUUAUCUUCGAGGACCUGCAGGCCGCGGUGAGGUGGACCAGGCCAAGGGUCGAAGGGGCUGGACCGGGCUCCAGACACCUCCAUUUCAUUCAGAAAAACCUGACUGGAGACGCCGUCUCCCGACGGCGGGGCCGGGUGGGAGUCUCAUGUGGCGCCCAGAAGGAGCACAGUAUCCUACUGUCCAUCGUGGCCCUGGGUCGGACCCUACGUGGGGCGGUGGCUGGGGGCCGCCGCGGGGCUCUGGAGAAGGCUGCGUGGACUGUGGCGGUGCGCACUGAGGCGGUGAUGCGACGCCACUGCCGGAAGCUGCGCCAGCGGAGCUGGCGGCCGGAGACGCGCCCUUCCCGGCGUCCAGGCGGCCGGAGGCGGCUCCUGCUGCGCGCCCUGGACGCCGUCGCCACCUGCUGGGAGAAGCUGUUCGCGCUGCGCGCCGCGGCCACCGACGGCUCCUGGGGCUCCUAG